UGCCCUAGGAAGUGAGGAGGAGGAGAAAGCAAAUUUGUUGGAAAAGAGCGACUCCUUGUUUUUCCGUUUCCCAUCCGUUAAGCCAUCACUUCUAGAAGAUUAAAGUUGUCGGACAUGGUGACAGCUGAGAGGGGAGGAAGAGUUCUUUCCAGGUGCAGACCCUCCACGGUCUGUUGGGUCUCUGCCUCCCGCGUGCAUGUGUGCGCGGGGUGCGCGGCUCCCCGCGUGGAGUGUCAGCUGGGACCCGAGUGAAUGGCCCCCAGGGGCUGCGCGGAGCCGCUGCCUCCGCCGUCUUCGCAGGCCUGCGUCCUGCCUGCGAAGGUGCUAGCUAUGGGGGCGCUGGCAGGUUUCUGGAUCCUCAGCCUCCUCACCUACGGUUACCUGUCCUGGGGCCAGGGCUUGGAGGAGGAGGAGCAAGGGGCCUUCCUGGGUCAAACUGGAGAAAAACUAGAGCCCAGCACAACUGCCACCUCCCAGCCCCAUCUAAUUUUCAUCCUAGCGGAUGACCAGGGAUUUAGAGAUGUGGGUUACCAUGGAUCUGAGAUAAAAACGCCCACUCUUGACAAGCUUGCUGCCGAAGGAGUUAAAUUGGAGAACUACUAUGUCCAGCCGAUUUGCACACCUUCCAGGAGUCAAUUUAUUACUGGAAAAUAUCAGAUACACACCGGACUUCAACAUUCUAUCAUAAGACCUACCCAACCCAACUGUUUACCUCUGGACAAUGCAACCCUACCUCAGAAGCUGAAGGAGGUUGGAUACUCAACGCAUAUGGUUGGAAAAUGGCACUUGGGUUUUUAUAGAAAAGAAUGCAUGCCCACCAAGAGAGGAUUUGAUACCUUUUUUGGUUCUCUUUUGGGAAGUGGGGAUUACUAUACACACUACAAAUGUGACAGUCCUGGGAUGUGUGGCUAUGACCUGUAUGAAAAUGACAAUGCUGCCUGGGACUACGACAAUGGCAUAUACUCCACACAGAUGUACACUCAGAGAGUGCAGCAAAUCUUAGCUUCCCAUAACCCCACAAAGCCUAUAUUUUUAUACAUUGCCUACCAGGCUGUUCACUCACCGCUGCAAGCCCCCGUCAGGUACUUUGAACACUACCGGUCCAUUGUCAACAUAAACCGGCGGAGGUAUGCGGCCAUGCUUUCCUGCUUAGACGAAGCAAUCAACAAUGUGACCGUGGCUCUGAAGACAUAUGGUUUCUAUAACAACAGUAUCAUCAUUUACUCUUCAGAUAAUGGUGGCCAGCCCACGGCAGGAGGGAGUAACUGGCCUCUCAGAGGUAGCAAAGGAACCUAUUGGGAAGGGGGGAUCCGGGCUAUUGGCUUUGUGCAUAGCCCGCUUCUGAAAAACAAGGGAACCGUGUGUAAGGAGCUUGUGCACAUCACGGACUGGUACCCCACUCUGAUUUCACUGGCCGAAGGGCAGAUCGAUGAGGACAUUCAACUAGAUGGCUACGACAUCUGGGAGACCAUAAGCGAAGGCCUUCGUUCACCCCGAGUGGAUAUUUUGCACAACAUUGAUCCCAUCUACACCAAGGCAAAAAAUGGCUCCUGGGCGGCGGGCUACGGGAUCUGGAACACGGCCAUCCAGUCGGCCAUCCGGGUGCAGCACUGGAAGCUGCUCACCGGAAACCCCGGCUACAGCGACUGGGUUCCGCCUCAGUCUUUCAGCAACCUGGGGCCAAACCGCUGGCACAAUGAACGGAUCACCUUGUCCACUGGCAAGAGUGUGUGGCUUUUCAACAUCACGGCUGACCCGUAUGAGAGGGUGGACCUGUCGCACAGGUAUCCCGGAAUCGUGAAGAAGCUCCUGCGGAGGCUCUCCCAGUUCAACAAAACCGCAGUGCCGGUCCGGUAUCCCCCCAGAGACCCCAGGAGCAACCCUCGGCUCAACGGAGGAGUCUGGGGACCAUGGUAUAAAGAGGAAAAUAAGAAAAAGAAGCCAAGCAAAAAUAAGGCUGAGAAAAAGAAAAAGAAAAAGAAGAUAAAGAAGAAGAAACAGCAGAAGGCAGGCUCAUUUCUAAAUUGCCACUCAGGCGUCCCUCGGGGAUAAGUACAAAUACUUCCUGUUUGGUUAAACUCAAUUCAGUUCUUAUCCUUCACCUGUUUGCUAGGUGAACCAGCAAAUUCGGCUCUAGAAUGUCUCUGCCGUACGUGUCAGGCUUGUUUUCAUGUUGUGCCACUCCAGAGACCUCUGCCACCUGGCCGCCACAUGGAAAACGGGUCUGCUUGGUGCCAGAGGUGCUGCUGUCGCGAACCACGCUUAGAGUGGAGAUGCUCUUCUCUGGCUCUUUUGUGAAAGGUCACAAGUGCAACUGCUAUGCUUCAGCCAACUGACCAAACUCUAUGCUUUAAAUUAUAGGAGGGGGCGACAACCUGCAGUUGAGAAGCAUGCUAAUUUGAUGGAAGUUACAGGGUAGCAUGAUGAAAACUACCUUUGAUUAAAGUACAGUCAAAGGUUAUGUCACCUCAAAGGUCUUGAAGAAUAUAUUUUCUUAGUGAAUUUUUGUAUCCCUGUCAUAUGACACUUCGGUUUUUUAAUUAAUUCUAUUUCAUGUAUCAUUUUCUUUCCUGUGAAAAUAAGUUGAUUUCUUUUCCCCAUGUGAACAGCUUGCACCUCAUUUUAUCAUGCAUGAGGGAAUGUCAAAUAAGAAUGUUUGAGCAUGCUGCCAACAAUGAAUGUAACUGUCGUCUGAAUACUUUAAUAGAAUAACAAUGAAGUAUAAAGUACAUAAUUUAUUUUUACAGAAAAUAUUAAAUAUUUU